UUGGACCCUCUUCCAAUGAGUGGGCCAGACUUUGGUGCCCUGGGAGAGGAAGCUGAACUGGUUGAAGUUGAACCUGAGGCCAAGCAGGAAAUUCUCGAAAACAAAGAUGUGGUGGUUCAGCAUGUGCACUUUGAUGGACUUGGAAGGACCAAAGAUGACAUUAUCAUGUAUGAAAUCGCUGAUGUUUUCAAGGCUAAAAAUCUCAUUGAUGUGAUGAGAAAAUCGCAUGAAGCUCGUGAAAAAUUGCUUCGUCUGGGAAUCUUUAGACAGGUGGAAGUUCUGAUUGAUACAUGUCAGGGGGAUGAUGCCCUUCCAAAUGGUUUAGAUGUAACUUUUGAGGUAACAGAAUUGCGAAGACUAACUGGAAGCUAUAAUACCAUGGUUGGCAACAAUGAAGGCAGUAUGGUACUUGGGCUCAAGUUCCCAAAUCUCUUUGGACGUGCAGAAAAGGUAACCUUCCAGUUCUCCUAUGGAACAAAGGAAACUUCUUAUGGCCUCUCAUUCUUCAAACCACAGCCUGGAAACUUUGAAAGAAAUUUUUCAGUUAACCUAUAUAAAGUAACAGGACAGUUCCCUUGGAGCUCUCUUCGUGAAACUGAUAGAGGAAUAUCAACAGAAUUUAAUUUUCCAAUCUGGAAGACGAACCACACACUGAAGUGGGAGGGUGUGUGGAGAGAGCUUGGCUGCCUUGCUAGAACAGCAUCCUUUUCUGUUCGAGAAGAAAGUGGACACUCUCUUAAAUCUUCUCUCUCUCAUGCCAUGGUAAUUGAUUCCCGGAACUCUUCAAUCUUGCCAAGACGAGGUGCUUUGCUCAAAAUUAAUCAGGAGUUGGCUGGCUAUACAGGUGGAGACGUGAGCUUUCUAAAAGAGGAUUUUGAAUUUCAGUUGAAUAAGCAACUUACCUGGGAUUCGGUUUUUUCAGCAUCACUUUGGGGUGGAAUGCUAGUACCUAUUGGAGACAAGCCAUCCAGUAUAGCUGAUAGGUUUUACCUUGGUGGACCAACGAGUGUGCGUGGAUUCAGUAUGUACAGCAUUGGACCCCAGAGUGAAGGUGAUUACUUGGGAGGAGAAGCUUACUGGGCUGGAGGUUUACAUCUAUACACCCCUCUCCCUUUCCGGCCAGGCCGGGGAGGGUUUGGAGACCUUUUCCGAACACAUUUCUUCCUUAAUGCUGGAAACCUCUGCAAUCUUAACUAUGGUGAUGGUCCCAGGGCUCAUCUGCAGAAGCUGGCAGAGUAUAUCCGAUGGUCUUAUGGUACCGGAAUAGUGCUCCGACUUGGAAACAUUGCUAGAUUAGAACUUAACUACUGUUUCCCCAUGGGAGUGCAGUCUGGUGACAGGAUAUGUGAUGGUGUUCAGUUUGGAGCAGGAAUCAGAUUUCUAUAAUACAAAAACAUUUUACAUCAGUAUAUGAAAUUGUGCUCUGUAAUUGAAAUCAAGACUUUCAUAUAGCUCGAUACGGUCUAAUGUUUUUCUUGAAAUACAGAUACACUUCUGAGUGAUUUACCUCUCAGACUCCACAAGAAGCUACAUUAAAGAAUUAUGCUCUAAA